AGAGCCAUUGGAUAUUGCAGGUGUGUGUGAGAGAGAGAGAGAGAGAGAGAGACAGGGGCAUGGAGAAUCCCAAUGCCCAGUCCAUCAGACAUCACAGCCUACUCUUCACACCCUCUUGUCACCAAUUAUGCUACUAAACUAAUCUAAUCUCUUCUUCCCUCUCUUACUCCCCUUCACAAACAGCCUCAUGCCUCUUCCGCUGAUCCACUCCCAUCAAACUUUCCUCUUCUCCUUCUUCUACUUCUUCUUCUUCCACAAAACAACCGAACCCUUCUUAUGAUCUGAAAUUCCAGCACCCAAUCAACAACCAUUGCCCCUUCUCCUUCCACAAAACAACCAAACACUUCUCAUGAUCUGAAAUUCCAACGUCCAAUCAACAACCAUUGCCUCUUUUAUGGUCAUCAGCAAAAAACCCAGAUCACAGAAUCACUAUCCAAACCCAAAUUUCAUGAGAGAAGAUCGCACAGAAAUGUCUGAAGACGACGACCGAUCUUCGCCUUCUGAUUCUGUUAACACCAUUGAUUCUUGCUCCAAUAAGACUACUUCCGGUUCUACUUCUGGGUCUGGACCCAGUUCCAUACCUGAAUACCAAGCUCCAUACCCUGACCAGGUCCUGGAAAAUGUUCUUGAGAACGUUCUCUGCUUCUUGACCUCUCGCCGCGACAGAAACGCUGCGUCAUUAGUCUGCAGGUCGUGGUACCGUGUUGAGGCGCUCACUCGAUCCGACCUCUUCAUCGGGAACUGCUAUGCCGUCUCUCCGCGACGCGCCACGUCGCGUUUCACCCGAAUCCGAUCCGUGACGUUGAAGGGGAAGCCCCGCUUCGCCGAUUUCAACCUCAUGCCGCCCAAUUGGGGGGCCCACUUCGCGCCCUGGGUUUCUGCCAUGGCUAAGGCGUACCCGUGGCUCGAGAAGGUUCACCUGAAGCGCAUGACUGUGACGGACGAAGAUCUCGCGGUUCUGGCGGAGUCCUUUUUCGGGUUUAAGGAGCUCGUGCUUGUGUGUUGUGAUGGAUUUGGCACUAACGGACUUGCUGUGGUUGCUAGCAGGUGCAGACAACUGAGAGUGCUUGAUCUGAUUGAAUCUGAGGUAUCAGAUGAUGAAGUUGAUUGGAUAUCAUUUUUUCCAGAGAGUGCAACGUGUCUCGAAUCUCUGAUUUUUGAUUGCGUAGAUUGCCCCAUCAAUUUUGAUGCAUUGGAGAGGCUGGUUGCACGGUCACUUUCACUGAAGAAACUCAGGUUAAACCGAUAUGUUUCAAUUGGCCAGUUACACCGUCUGAUGGUGCGAGCUCCACAACUCACACAUCUUGGGACAGGCUCAUUUCGACCAUCAGAGGAUGUGGCUCAGGGUGAACAAGAACCAGAUUAUACAUCUGCAUUUGCUGCUUCCAAAUCCUUAGUUUGCCUAUCUGGCUUUAGGGACAUCAUUCCAGAUUACUUAACAGCAAUUUACCCAGUUUGUGCUAGUCUAACUUCUCUGAACUUAAGCUAUGCAAAUAUCAAUGCUGAACAGCUCAAACCUAUAAUAGGCAAUUGCCAUAAGCUUCAGAUUUUCUGGGUCCUUGAUUCAAUAUGCGAUGAAGGGCUUCAGGCUGUGGCUGCAACAUGCAAGGAACUUCGUGAGCUGCGGGUUUUUCCAAUUGAUGCUCGGGAGGAUAGCGAAGGCCCUGUUUCUGAAGUUGGCCUCCAAGCGAUUUCAGAGGGUUGUAGAAAGCUUCAAUCAAUUUUGUAUUUUUGCCAGCGGAUGACGAAUGCAGCUGUUAUAGCCAUGUCAAAGAACUGCCCAGAUCUUGUGGUAUUUCGUCUUUGUAUAAUGGGACGUCACAGGCCUGAUCAUGUCACUGGAGAGCCUAUGGAUGAAGGAUUUGGAGCCAUUGUCAUGAAUUGUAAGAAGCUUACUCGGCUUGCUGUAUCAGGUUUAUUGACUGAUAGAGCUUUUAAUUAUUUUGGAAGAUAUGGAAAAACAGUAAGGACCCUGUCUGUUGCUUUUGCCGGGGAUAGUGACAUGGCGCUGAAGUAUGUGCUUGAGGGCUGCCCCAGAUUGCAGAAGCUUGAGAUUAGGGAUAGUCCAUUUGGGGAUGCAGCCUUGCUUUCUGGUCGGCAUCACUAUUACAACAUGAGAUUCCUUUGGAUGUCUUCCUGUAAGUUAACUAGUGGUGGUUGCCAGCAGAUUGCUCAAGAAUUACCUCAUUUGGUAGUGGAAGUCUUUAAUCAUGAAUUUGAUGAGGACAUGGGUAAUUUUGUUAAUACAUUAUACAUGUAUCGAUCUCUUGAAGGGCCAAGAGAUGAUGCACCGAAGUUUGUUUCCAUCUUGUAGGCAUUUGCACUGCAGGAAGAUGUAUUGUAUGUUAUGCUGGCUGUUGGACAAGCGGCAAGAAUCAUUUUUUGCGGGAAUGUUGAAUUCAGGAAGAACUGGUUAUAUAAGCCCGCAAGGUGUUAAUAAUUUUUGUCUUAGAUAGUGUAAACAACUUCUCUGUCCUUGUCUUGUGAUGUUGGAAAUGGCAUUCAAAGCAGCUGCUCUAUGAAGGACCACAAUUUUUCUUUGCUUUGGUUCUUUAAGAGGAUUUAAUCAAAGAAGGGGCUAAUGUAGAAGAUAGAUCUCUCUGUAAGAAUUAGACCUCUGGAUCUUGUUGUAUUGGUAUGCUUCUAAAUUUUAUGUUUCUUUUUCCUUUAUAUUCAUUUGAUCAUAAACGAGAAGACUGCCGGAGAUAAGGGAUGGAAUCUGAACUCUGAAGGAACUCUGAAGGCGCAUGAAAAUGCAAUGAGGGACAAUUGUUUAUCCUUUGAUAUGAAGAAAUCAAGACGGGUAGUAACUUGAAAUGAUGUUGGAAAGGUGAACUAAAGGAACUAUUCUUUCCCCUUAAUGCCAUCAGCAGAGGAGAAUCUAGAGCAAAUGCAAGGAGCAAGCAUUCACUCAUUGGAGGAGUUCGGUAUUAUUUUUUAUUCAAAUGGUAGCUAGUCUUAGUUCUAGCUGGUGAGAACUAAAUGCCCAGAUUGAUACAACUCCCUCCCUUUCUCUCUCUCUCUCUUUCUCUCUCUCUCUCUCACCAUCUUUCUUAGCGUUUGUUUUCUUAAGAUGUGAUGUUGUAGCACCUGACAGUUGAAUUUAUUUUUGUUAUUGUUAGCAAAUGUUGAGAUGAGUAAUAAAUGCCAAAUAUUCAUAUA